GAUUGGUUGUUGGGUGAGUGUGUCUCAGUUGAGUUUCUCUGUAGUCUGAGAGAGUUUGUCUUCCCUGUGCUCUCACUCUCUGUUCAACACUGAGACCCCUUCGGUUCCUGCAUUCAAAGAUGACUUUAACAUGGAUUUUACUGGUCCUUACUGGGAUUAUCUGCACAGAGACUAAGAUGGUACAUGUGGAUAUUGGUCUGGUCGGGUGCUCAGACUCAGAUGGAGAGUACAUGUAUGGACUGGAUGGGGAAGAGGUGGGCCACGCAGACUUCACCAAGGGCAAAUUCGUUAUGACACUGCCUGAGUUUGCUGAUCAGUUAAAAUAUGAGGAAGGCACAUAUGAGGGGGCAGUUGCAAACCAGCAAAUCUGCAAACAGAACUUGCAAGUAGCCAUAGAAUCUUACAAAAGUCCAGCAGUAGCAGAAGCCCCCCCCAUGAGCUCCAUCUACCCCAGACAUGAGGUGAAGGUGGGCACUGGCAACACUCUCAUCUGCUACAUCACUGGGUUCUACCCACCCCGGCUCACCGUGAGGUGGACCAAGAACAACAAGAACGUGACCGAGAGAGUGAGCACUAGUCAGCUCCGUCCGAAUCUUAUUGACGGCUCCUACGACCAGUUCUCCACCCUGAAGUUCACCCCUCAGGAGGGGGACAUGUACACCUGCACUGUGGAGCACUCAGCACUGGAGGGGCCCAUGACAAGAGAGUUUGAUGUUGAGGUGUCAGAGCCCAGUCUUGGUCCCUCAGUGUUCUGUGGAGUGGGUCUGACUCUGGGACUGCUGGGAGUGGCUACCGGAACAUUCUUCCUCGUCAAGGGAAACCAGUGCAACUGAAACUGCAUUCUAAUGUGGCUUUCUUUUCAUUCCCAUCAGAUCACAGGCAUGCAGAUUGCAUAAAGUUUCUGACAAUCUCUGUUUCACAUGUUAUUAU